AUGGCCCCCUCCGCGGUAGAACAAGAAACCCUCGUAUCGACCGAGAAGGUCCUCAUCAAGCCAUGGACUCGACCGGGGCCGACAAAAGAAGACCUUGAAUGGGCCCCUCUCGUGCAGAUUGAUCUGUCGCGAUUUGACGAGCCCGGCGGAAAGGAAGAACUUGCCAAGCAGCUCUACGAUGCCGUCACCCGCGUCGGAUUCUGGGUCGUAGUUGGCCACGGAAUAGACGAUGAUCGUGUACUGCGUCAGUUCAGCUUUGGAAAUGCUUUUUUCAAGGAGCCCAUCGAGGAAAAGCGCAGUUUCCCGUGCAACUUCGCCGAAGGGGAGUACUUCGGGUAUCGUGAAAAUGAGCGAUGGAUUGGGGAUACGGGAGUGAAAGACAAUGUCGAGAUGCUGAAUAUCCCGAAAGCAAUUCCUGCCUGGGAAGACCUUCCAAAACACCGAAUUGUGCGGCAAAACUAUGAUGAGGUCGCAAGCUUCCAUCGCGAUCUCUUUGACAAGGUUCUUCGCAAAUUGUUUGUCUUGAUUUCCAUCAUUCUCGAGUUGCCAGAGAACUACCUGGCCGAUGCGCACGGCUAUGACGAGCGUUCCGACGAUCACCUGCGUUAUAUGAUCUAUAACACCCGUACUCCCGAGGAAUGGACUAAGGCACAGGGCUAUACGAAAGGUGGACAUACAGACUUUGGAAGUUUAACACUGCUGUUCUCUCAGAAUGUUGCUGGCUUGCAAAUUCGAACUCUAGAGGGCGAAUGGAAAUACGUAAAGCCUGUCGAGGGAGGGAUUACGUGCAACACGGCCGACACUCUGUCGUUCCUGACAAAUGGAUUCCUCAAAUCUACCAUCCAUCGAGUCAUCACGCCGCCGGUUGACCAAAUUGAGAUUUCUCGUCUGGGGCUGCUGUACUUCUGCCGGCCUGGCGAUAACACGGUGAUGAAGACGGUUCCAUCGCCGCUGCUCGAGCGACUUGGCUUGCUUGCCGACGAAGACAAGACCGAUCAACCCGUGGCUACGGGCACUGAGUAUGUACGCGCUCGUGUUCGCGAUGUGCAUCACAAGAAGGUGAUCGAUCGUCGGGAGAACACGUCCUUCGAGUUCAAGGGAUUGAAGGUCCCGAAUCACUAUAGCUAG